AUGGAUGUAGAUCUGGAUGGACUCGAUAAUGACAAAUCAAGGACGGCAGAUCAACUGGAAUUUGCCCUACAAAAUGACAUAGACCAGAAUACUGACAGUAAAGAGCUAUACAAAGAAGAUUGGCUCAAUAGCGGUGAUGGUGGUGGUAGUGAAAUUAAGCAGAGUACUGGGUACGAAAUUCGACCUCGUAUUGUUGUCUAUAAUAUGGGAAUGGGUCCAACCAAGCGAAAAAAGAGACGGUUCAAGGCAUUGAUCGAGGCUGGGCUUAUAGAUGAGGUAAUUGAUUUUGAGUUUAAUAAUUACCCUUCAUUCUGGCAACUGGACGCCGAGACAAGAGGCCAAUACGGAUGGAAAGUUGGUAUGAUUGAGGAGAUCAGUCAAAGAAUCUUGACAACAGCCUCAGCUUCAGCACCCAAGAAUCAGCCAGCACCACCAGUAAUAGCAGUAGCAGCAAAUCCAGGUUCAGCUUCAGUACCAGUUUCAACUCCAAAUCCCAAGUUAGAGAUGCAGGGCCUAUCAGACAUAUCGGACAAGACCUACCCGGGGUCACCUACUAUUACUAUUCAGCCUCAAAAUUAUGAACCCAAGAUUGUGCUAUGGCUCGAUUCUGGUAAUAGAAUCAGCGUAGCUUUCCUACGCUGGUUGCCGACCUUUUUAAAACGGUACGGACUGUGGACUCCUGAAUCGCAGGGUACCAUGCGUGACUGGACCCAUCAAGGCCUUCUACAAUAUUAUCAUGAUUCAUGGCGCAGCUUUGCAGAAAACGAAACAAACUGUAACGGGGCCGUCGUUGCGUUUGAUGUUCACAAUACCACUAUCAGAGAUGGAAUUAUGAAGGAAUGGGUCAACUGUGCUAGGACAAAGGAGUGUAUCGCGCCUGAAGGGUCCUCACGUGAGAACCAUCGACAGGAUCAAGCAGCUUUGACAUACUUGGUCAAGACAAUGGGGUAUGGCGACGAGGUCUGCCAUGGGUUUCCAAACGUUUUUGGCGUCCAGGUGAACCAAGACCGGUUUUGCAAAGAGGACAUUGCUUCCAAUUCCUUCCGCGUUUUUUCUAACUGA